AGGAGUCGCCUUUCAACCGGAGAGGUGCGAGCGUCUGUGAGAGACUGAUGCUGAGAGGAAAAAGACAAGGGGGGAAAUAAAAACAUUGGAGACAGGAGGGAAAAAUCCCGACUUGAGAUCUUUUAGAUUUUUAUUUUUAUUGUCGCUGCAGAGCGAAAAGACGCACCGCAGCUUCCCAACUGAUCCAGGCGCGCACACCUGAUAGAGAAAGACGCUUCACUGGUGGAGUAACCUAACCUGACAGCCGGUGGAAUUGACACGCUUCUUUUUUUUCCUCUUCUUCUUUUUUAUGCUGGAUGUUAUGAAGACAACCCUUCCUUCCCUUAAAGCUCUUUUCAUUCAAGAUUUUAUUUUUUUUUAUCUGGCAGAUUGGCUGUCGUCUAUAGGGGGGAUUGGAAACCCUUUUGCAUACUAAUUAGGUUAUAACCAGUGCGCAAAUCCAGGACUGAGUCCCAUGAAUGUUUAACGAAUUCAGCCAUGCCUAUAACAAGUAAAGGAGCUAGACGAAGGGCUUGGAUUGGCAGAUACUCUCUCCUUUCAAACACCUGCCAACAGAAACUCCUCUUUUAUGUUUUCACUGUCUUAGUUCAGUCAACCUUUGUUUUGGGAGUUCUAGAACUCCAGCUGGAUGAAGGUCAGCCAGCAGGGACUAUUGUUGGUGACAUCAGUGCAGGACUACCACCUGGUGAAACAGCUACCCUUUACUUCAUUUCUGACCACGAGGGCACAGGCGUUGGAAGUGACCUUAACAUUGAUGAGACCACUGGCAUCAUUACCACAGCACGCCGCCUGGACCGGGAGGAAAGGGACCACUAUAGCUUCAUUGCAGUGACAAUGACUGGCACCACUAUUCAGGUGUCGAUCACCGUUAAUGACAUAAAUGAUCAUGCACCUGUGUUUCCCAAAGCAAAAGCUGUUCUGAAGAUCCCAGAGCACACCGCUGUGGGAACAAGGUUUUCCCUGGAUCCUGCCACUGAUGCUGACAAGGACCAGCUGACUACCCAAGGCUAUACCAUUCGAGAGGGCAACGUUGGACAGACAUUUAAGCUUGAGACAAGGAAGGGUGCUAACAAGUUACUUUAUUUAGACUUGGUGGUCAACGGACUACUGGACAGAGAGAAGCGCUCGUCAUACACCCUGGUGAUAGAGGCAUUUGAUGGAGGCUCACCAAGAAGGAUAGGAUCUAUGACUCUAGAAGUGACAGUAACAGACAUCAAUGACCAUGCACCAGUCUUUAAUCAGAGCAGAUACCAUGCUAUCAUUUCCGAAAGCCUCCCUCAAGGAAGUAGCAUUUUACAGGUGUUUGCAAUUGAUGAAGAUGAAGGCGACAAUGGUCUGGUCCUUUAUGAAAUCAACCGCCGUCAGAGUGAUUCUGAGCGUUACUUUGUCAUUGAUCUAAAGUCAGGUGUCAUCACUCUCAAUAGACCUCUGGACUUUGAGGUAAAGAGAGUCCAUGAACUGGUGGUCCAGGCCAAAGAUAAUGCUAGCCAACCUGAGGUCACUAAUACAUUUGUGACAAUUCAUGUCCGUGACUUCAAUGACAACCAGCCAACCAUGACCAUCAUCUUCCUCAGUGAGGACGGCUCACCGAGAAUCUCAGAAGGGGCCCAACCAGGCCAGUAUGUUGCUCGGAUAUCUGUUACUGACCCAGACUACGGGGAGUAUGCUAAUGUGAACGUAUCCCUAGAGGGGGGUGAUGGGAAAUUUGCGCUAACAACCAAAGACAGCAUAAUUUACCUGAUAUACGUGGACCAGGUUUUGGACAGAGAAGAGCGGGAUUUCUACCAUCUCAGGGUGAUGGCCACAGACUCAGGCACACCUCCCCUCAGAGCUGAAUCCUCUUUCACGAUCCAGGUGACAGAUGUCAAUGACAACCCUCCACAAUUUGACCAGCAGACCUACAGACAAACCAUUCCUGAGGUCGUCUACCCAGGAACGUUUGUUCUUCAGGUUACAGCCAGGGACAAGGACCAAGGCCAAAAUGGGGAUGUGCGGUACAGCCUGCUAAAGGCUGAAAAUUCUCGCUCUGAUUGGUUUUCAAUUGAUCCAGUUACGGGGAUAAUCACCACUGCAACAGCUCUUGACUUUGAAUCAGAGCCAGCGCCCAGUGUAACUGUUGUUGCAAUGGACGGUGGUCGGCCGCCUCUGUCUGCUACAGUGAAGGUAGAUAUUGUGCUUCAGGAUGUCAAUGAUAAUGCGCCAGUGUUUGCCAAGAGUUUCUACAAUGCCUCCAUCAAGGAGAAUACCCCAGCUGGCACCUGCUUCUUAGAGGUUUCCGCCACAGAUGGAGACCGAGGUUCUUUUGGGACCAUUACCUACACCCUGGGCUCAAGCUCUGGAGGCACUGUUCCCUUUACCAUUAACAAGGAGACGGGUCAGCUAUGUACCAGUGCAACUCUCGACAGGGAUGAGGGAUUAGAGAAGUUUGAACUGGCUGUAACAGCAACAGAUGGAGGUGGUUUAAGUUCUGUAACUCAUGUGAGAGUCACGGUGGUGGACAUUAAUGACAACCGGCCCACCUUCUAUCCAGUCCUGUACACGGUCAGUCUCAGCACUCACAGCGCCCCUGGUACCUCUGUGCUGAAGGUAACAGCCAACGACCCCGAUGCUGGAGAAAACGGCAGAGUGACCUACCGCACAGCACCUGGAGGGGGCUCCACUUUCUUCACCCUCAACAAAGACACAGGUGUGAUUUCUUUGUCCCGUUCCCUUCAUGGCAAAGCCAACACCAUUAUUUCCAUGGAGAUUUCAGCUGAGGAUGGUAGCGGCCUGAAGGCACCAGUAAAUGCCAGAGUGAACGUGAGCGUGGUUGGAGGCUCUGUUGCGUCCCCUAUUUUUGAACAAGCACAGUAUUUCUUCACUGUGUCAGAGGAUGUUCUCAGGGGGACAGCGGUGGGAGUGGUCCAUGCUGCAACAAAAACAGGUGUUUCUAAAGGCAUCUUAUACUCCAUUUCUUCCGGAGACCCUGAUGGCUACUUCACAGUGGACAGCACCUCUGGCACCAUUCGAACAGCUCUGCCUCUUGACCAUGAAACCUGCUCCAGUCUGAACCUAGAUAUCCAGGCACGCUUUGGUUCUCCCCCAGCCUAUGCAACCAGCCGUGUUCGUAUAACUAUUUCAGAUGUCAAUGACAACGCCCCCGCAUUCCUUCCCUCUUCAUCUGAGUCCCUCCUGUUGCCUGAAAUAACCAAAAUGGGCUCAGUAAUAUACCGAAUCCAGGCCACAGACAAAGACUCUGGUCACAAUGGACAUCUGAGCUUUGACCUCAUCUCUGCGGGGGCUGCGGGCAGCAGCGGCCAAAGGACAUUUGGCGUAGACCGUGGUAGUGGGGAGGUACGACUGAUUGGAAGUCUUUCUUAUGAGUCUGUUCCACGCUAUGAUCUUCAGGUGGUGGCGAAGGAUGGUGGAGCGCCGCAGCUUAGUUCCACUUUUACUCUUGUGGUCCAUAUCCAAGCACAGGAUGCACAAGGCCCCACCUUUGACACCCUCACCUACAGAGUGGAGCUCCGGGAGAACACGCCUCUCAACACACGUUUCCUGCAGGUUCGAGCACUCAACAGAGAGUCAUCAGGGAAUACUGGAAGCACCCCGUCUUCGUCCUCCUAUAUUUCCUACCGUCUGAGGCCUGAUGGUGAUGCAGCUGGAUUUGGCAUCAUGCCAGACACUGGAUGGCUGUUUGUUCGUAGUUCUCUGGACAGAGAGGUCAAAGAUAUGUACCUGUUGACAGUCUUGGCUACAUCAGGCCCAGGCGGAGCGGGCAGGACCGGCAGUGCCACUGUCAGGGUGUCUGUAACGGAUGAGAAUGAUAAUUCCCCGAGGCUGAGCCAGGAGAGGGUGUUCCUUGCUGUCAGAGAGAACUUAAUGGCAGGGUCCGGCUUUGGGAGAGUUUCUGCAACAGACAGAGAUGCAGGACUAAAUGCUCGACUCACAUACAAACUUCUCCACUCAGACAGACACUUUCAGAUCAACUCACAAACAGGGGAGAUCAGCACCCGCCUCGCUCUGGACAGAGAGCAGCAGUCAAGCUAUCAGCUUAUCGUGGUGGUGCAGGAUGGGGGCACUCCUCCGCGCAGCACCACAGGCACUGCUCACAUCACCGUACUGGAUGAAAAUGACAACGCCCCCAAUUUCACUCAUGCCAGGCCUGAAAGAGAGCUGCUGCUUCAGGUGCCAGAGGGUCUACCAUCAGGGACUGUGGUAGGAACUCUGUCAGCUAAAGAUGCUGAUGAGGGGGAGAACGGUACACUGCACUACUCUUUAUCAGGUCCCAGAGCAGAGCGUUUCUCCUUGAACCCCACCAGUGGCGAGCUGAGAACUGCUUCCCCUCUACGUUGGGCUGAGCGAGCUGAGUACAGAUAUACAGUGACCGCCACUGACCACGGCACUCCAGGCCUCAGCUCAACCUGCCAAAUCCGAAUACAAGUUCUCAGCAACGCCAGGUCAUCCCCAACACCCAAUGUCAAAUCUAUGACCCUGAACACUGUUGAAGGCACUGCUCCCGGCUCCAUUAUCGGCACGUUACGCCCACCUGGCCAUCAGGAUUCUGCUGUGCAGGAUGGCCAGGUGACCUACCUGGUAGUGGGAGGGACCGACCGGGACGGGACUUUCAUGGUGGACCGUCUGGAGGGCCAUGUGUACCUGGUGCGCGAGCUGGACUAUGAGAAGGGCUCCAGAUACACUCUGCACGUCGAGGUGACAGAUUUCUCUCAAGCAUUUCCAAGCAGCCACCUGGUCAAGCUGGACAUCAAUGUGAAGGAUAGCAAUGACCAUGCCCCUGAGUUUUCAGAGGACCCAGUGACUAUUGUGAUCUCAGAAAACACAGAGCCGGGGGCUUCAAUACACACUUUCCAGGCUGUGGAUAGGGAUGGAAGUGGACCAAACAGUGAGCUACGUUACUCUAUUGAGCAUUGCUGGCCUGACACCCCUGACCUCCUGGUCCUUGACCCACUAAGCGGGGUCCUUACUUUGGGGCAGAAGUUAGACCGUGAGUCUACGGCCUCCCUCUACCUUGUGGUACGAGCCACUGACCAAGCAGUAGAUCCCUCUCAGAAGGGCUCAGUCACAGCUCGGCUGUAUGUGACGGAUGAAAAUGACAACGCUCCAACAUUUAGCUCUCCGUCUGCUGUCAGUGUCAUGGAGGAUCAGCCUGUAGGGUUUGUGAUUUUGUACGUGGUAGCACAGGAUAAAGAUGAAGGAGAGAAUGGCAGAGUAUCCUACAGAAUCCAAGCAGGCAACAAUGCUGGUCGCUUCACUCUUAAUCCUAAUACAGGCUCUCUCUCCAUCCUUAAAGUCUUGGACCGGGAAGAGCAGGAGGCCUUUAACCUAACAAUCAUAGCAGAGGAUCAUGGAGUACCACCGCUCUCCACCUCCCAGCUGUUGUGUGUGCAGGUGAUAGACGUCAACGACGAAUCUCCAGUGUUUCAGCAGCCAGAGUUCAACGCCCAAGUGAUGGAAAAUCAAGGACCAGGAACCACAGUGUUCACUGUAACAGCCACAGAUCGUGAUCAAGGUUCUAAUGGUCAAAUAACAUAUGGAGGUGUGACAGAGGAGGGUUUUGUGAUCAAUCCUUCAACUGGAGUCAUCACCACCACAAAAGAACUUGACACAGAAGUUCAGGAUCAUUACACACUUACUGUGUAUGCCAGAGAUGGAGGGCUGCCUCCGAAUUUUGCCAAGGCCGUGGUCCGUGUGGAGAUACAAGACAUGAACGAUAACGGCCCCAUCUUUGCGAAGUCAUCUUAUGAACUCGAAGUGCCAGAAAACCAGGGCCCUGUGGAACUUUGCUUUAUCAAGGCCACAGAUCCAGACUCGGGUCCCGGUGGAGAACUGGAGUACAGAAUCACUGAGGGGGACCCUGAUGGAGCUUUGCAACUCCACCCCAACACAGGGGCCCUCUCCACGUCACGUGGACUUGACAGAGAGACAAAAGCAAACUAUAACUUGAAGGUGGUGGCCACAGAUCACGGGAGCCCCCCUCUUAGUGCUACUGUCACAGUUAACCUUAAAGUGUUAGACGUCAAUGACAACAGCCCUGUUUUUAAAAGAAACAGCUACAACGUGGAAGUCUCUGAGGAUGCUGCUAAGGGUUUUCAAGUUCUUCAGGUGUCAGCAACAGAUGCUGAUGAUGACCUUAAUGGGAAGGUCCUGUAUUUUCUCAGCCAUGAAGCACAUGGAGCCUUCGCUGUUGAUGAGGAGAGAGGUGUUAUCACCACCUCAGCGCCUCUUGACCGGGAAAAAACUGCAUCUUACAGCUUCCAGGUGUUUGCUGUUGACCUUUCCCCUGCUGCUCCCAAAAAUUCUUCUGCUCAGGUGACCGUAACAAUACUUGACGUCAACGAUAACGCCCCCUUCUUCAUACAAGACCCUUUGAUCAUCGAAGUGUCCAGCAGGCGUUCACAGCGCGUUUUAGCCACCAUGAAGGCUGAGGAUAAAGAUUUUGGUGCCAACGGUUCCGUGUUUUAUCGCUUUGCCACAUCUGUGAGGGGCUUCAGCAUCAACUCGCUCACAGGGGAGAUCCAGGCCACCGAGCCGCUAAGGGACCUGACCCAGGCUCAGAGGACCUUGAUAGUGGAAGCCAUGGAUCAAGGCAGCCCGGCCCAGUCUGCACAGGGGGUAGUGGUGAUUUAUGUAAAGGAAGUAGAAUACAACGGCAUUCGAUUCUCAAGGAAUGCUCGAGAUGUCAGCUUACAGGAAAAUGCUGAAAAAGGCACAGCAGUGGCUCAGGCUCAGGCCCAGUAUCCAGAUGGCACACGGAAGGGGAUCAGCUAUAGUCUCUUUAGUGGAAACAGAAAGCAGGCUUUCAGUAUCAGCUCCUCAACAGGUGAAAUCUGGGUGCAGAGCUCCCAAGGACUAGACUUUGAGGACAGUCCCCGACUCCGUCUUGUAGUGAAAGCUGAAACGGUGUCAUCCACUUCGUUCAUGGCCAUUAAUUUGGUCCUUCAGGAUGUCAAUGACAACCAGCCUCGCUUCCAGCUGCAGAACUAUGUUGCUUACAUGAAAGAAGCACAAGGAUAUGAAAUGCCAAUUAUACAGGUGCUGGCUGAAGACGUGGACCAAGGCCAAAAUGGUCAGGUGACAUACUCCAUCCAGUCCUCAAGCAUGAGUGGCCUGUUUAAGAUUGAUCCAGUGACAGGAAGCAUCACCACAGCUGCCAUCAUGGACAGGGAGAUCUUUACAACAACCAAGCUAGUAGUUACUGCGACAGAUAGAGGAAGUCCACGACUGGCCGGUUUAGCCACGCUAACAGUGAUAAUUGUUGACCAAAAUGACAACAGUCCCACUAUUCCGUUACCCCAGGAGGUUCGCAUCCCAGAAAAUACGCUAAUCGGCACGGAGAUCACUCUUGUGACAGGCAACGAUGUGGACUCCAGUCCUGCGCUCUCUUACUCCUUGCAGCUUGACCCUACAUCCUUAGGCAAAUUUGGGAUCCAUCGUUACAGUGGAGGCGUGUCACUGACGGCCCCUCUGGACUUUGAAGAGAAGACAUGGUACACCCUGACAGUCAGAGCCACAGACAGCCAGCACCAAACUGAGGCCAACAUUACAAUAUUGGUGGAAGAUAUUAACGACAAUGCACCUGUAUUCACCCAUGAUCUCUAUCAGAUUACCCUACCUGAGCACACGCCACCUGGAAGUGCAGUUAUCACAGUAACAGCAACUGACAGGGACUCUGGAGAUAAUGGGAGGAUCACCUACAGAGUGAUGUCAUCCACUCAGGAGGGUUUCUAUAUAAACCCCGGCAACGGAACCUUGUUUAUCAAUCACCAAGCCGAGUUUGACCCUGAACGUCCAGCCGUUAACAUUGUCAUUGAAGCUCGAGACGGAGGCUCGCCUUCACUCUCCGCUCUCACUACAGUCCAGGUUCAGAUUUCUGACGUCAACGACAACGCUCCAGUGUUUCACCAGUCAGAGUAUAGGGCUACAGUGGCUGAAGACACCGUUCCAGGGUUAACCAUUCUUACCUUUGAGGCCUUUGACAGUGACCUGUCACGAGAAAACUGUGGCUUUGACUUUGCCAUUGCGAGUGGAAAUGAAGGAAAUGCGUUUCAGAUUGAGAGCAGUGUACGUUUCCUAGAAGGACGGGGCUUUCAAACAGUAGGAACUCUGUUACUGGCUGAGAGGCUUGACUUUGAAACCAAGUCGCUUUAUAACCUCACUGUGGUGGUGUCAGACCGAGGUGUCCCACAAAGGAGCUCCAGUGUCGCUGCAGUCAUAACAAUUGCCGAUGUUAACGAUAACCCCCCAGUGUUCACUAGAGCAGAAUAUACUGUGUCUCUCAGUGAGGGAGCCACCUCGGGGACUGAGAUCAUAAGACUGACUGCAACAGACCCAGACUCAACUCCAAAUGCUGAAGUCCAAUAUUCCAUCAGCUCUGGAAAUGAGGUGAACUUAUUUUCCAUUGAUCAAUGGACGGGAGCUCUAAAGCUUGAGCAAACACUUGACCGGGAGCAACAGUCAACUCACGUCUUUAUCAUUCAAGCCACAGAUGGUCAUGGUCAUUUUGCUCUAGCUCCAGUCAUUGUUGAAGUAAAGGAUGUAAACGACAACCAUCCAUUCUUUCCAGUGGAGUUCCUGACAGCCAGUAUACGGGAAAACCAACCGGUAAACUCAGCUGUGACUGUCCUCCAUGCCAUAGACCAUGACACUGGUGUUUUUGGCCAACUGAAGUAUUUUAUGGUCGAAAGGUCUGGAAAAGGAAGAGACAACUUUGUUGUCGACCAGAAUUCAGGAGAAGUCAGAAGUAAAAAUAUAUUUGACUAUGAGAAAGUAAACUCGUUUAGUUUCCAAGCAUUAGCUGUGGAUUCAGGCAACCAUUCAGCCACUGUAACCGUACAGGUGUUUGUUACAGGUGAGGACGAGUAUGACCCACUAUUUACUUCCACACAGUUUUCAUUUGAAGUGCCAGAGGGAGCAAAGAAAGGUCAAAGCAUUGGUCAGGUUCAAGCACAGGAUGAAGAUGGAGGAGUGGAUGGUGUGGUUCUCUAUUCCCUGACUUCCAACUCUCCAUAUUUCGAUAUAAAUAAAACUACAGGGGUGGUUUUUCUCAAGACAGACAGUUCCAGCAGCAGCAGUGGAUCAGGCCAGGCUAAACAGGAAACCAGGGUAAUGACCCUGGAUGUGAAGGCUCACAGUCCACUUGAUACAUCACGCUCUACUACAGCCGAGAUCACCAUUGAUGUCACUAACACCAACUUCGGCUUGGCUGCUGAUGUUAACAUACUGCUUAUUAUCAUCAUUGCUGUGUCUCUGGGAAUUAUCAUAUUGCUUGUAGUUUUGGCUGUGGUGAUUUUCUUUGUCAAAUCACACAGAAGGAAAAAGGAUCAAGAUGCAGCAAACAGGACUCUUGCAUCAGGAACUGCCUUACAGAAACUGGAUGAAUGCACUCCAGGACCAGGAGGUGACAGUAUCUACCACCAAACUCUGCCAGGUUAUGCUGCUGAUCAAGGAGGAGCCGGGGGUGGUCCCUACCCUAGAGGGGGCUCUUUGGAUCCCUCUCACUCCAGUGGUAGAGGAUCGGCUGAGGCAGCAGAGGAUGAUGAGAUCCGGAUGAUUAACGAGUACCCUCGUGUUGCCUCAAUUACCUCAUCUAUGCAGGAACACAUAUCUGCCAGAGGACCUGAUUCUGGAAUUCAGCAAGAUGCCGACCAGCUUUCUGACAUUUCCUGUGAACCUGCUGCUUUGGAGGGCAGCAGCUGGUUCAAAGGGAAGAAGUUAGGAGGCAGUCUGAGUGGGACCUUGCUUUCUGGUCAGCUCCCUGUUUACAGGGAUGAAGGAGGUGGCUACCUAGGAGUAGGUCGUGGUCUGAACAUUUCUCUCCCAAAGGAUUAUGCUUUCCCUGAGGACGGUAAACCUUCGGUGGACGGUUCUCUUACUGCUAUUGUCGCAAGUGAUGAGGAGCUUCGUGGAAGUUAUAAUUGGGAUUACCUACUCAAUUGGUGCCCUCAGUUUCAACCUCUUGCCAAUGUUUUCACAGAGAUUGCUCGGCUAAAAGAUGAAACCGCACAGCAAAGUCAGAACCCUCGACAGCCCUUUCAACCCAAGCCCAAAAUAGAUCCCAAACCUAGAAUUGACCCACCACCUCUUAUUACAUCAGUGGCUCACCCAGGGGCUAUGACAGUACCUCCAAAAGUCCCUGUUAUUGGGCGAACAUUCCCCCACUUGUCCUCUCUACGAAGGUCCCCCAUUAGCCAUGAAGGAUCAAUUUCCUCUGCAGCAAUGUCGCCAAGCUUCUCUCCUUCUCUGUCCCCUUUGGCUGCUCGGUCACCAGCUGUUUCUCCAUUUGGUGUAAACCAAGGCCCCUCUGCAUCAAUGAUCAGCACCAGAGAGCCCUCACUUGAGCAAAGUCCAGAUCAUGAGAUGAGAAUAUGAUCUGAACUAUUUAGAGAGGGAUUCUUUGAGAAGGACAACAUGAACCCCUAAUGAAUUUGAGCUCCCUCUAGAUGUGUUUUUAAGCAUCAAUUGUACUUUUCAGAAACCACAGACUUCAUUAUAAGAGCAAGAGUUUUGUAGAUGUGCAGAUCAACAUUUACUUCGAAUGUUGCUUUUUGGACAAAUAAAAACUUUGCAUUUAUGCAUUGGAUUGUUCUUCAGAUGCCUGGUUUGACAAGACCAACCAAAGUGUUUUUGUUUUUCCAAGUGACGCAGGUCUUUUCGAACUGAUCUGGGUCACAAGGCCCUAAAGUCAGAGAUCUCUUAGGAUGUAGAUAGAUGAAUGUGUUGUUUUCAUGUUUACCUCACUGGCUGGCCAGAGAGCUAAAGAUCCUCUCUUCGUCUCAAUGGACCUUUUUUUACACUACAGUAUUAAACUUGUCUUGUGGGUUCUUUAUAAAAUGACUUCUGGACAUGAUUGACCUGCCAAGGCAUCACAUAGUGAAACAGCAGUGGAGAUUUCCUUUGGUUCAAAUGACUUUUGUGUGAUUUUAUUUUUAUAUUUUUAUACAAAUAUAUGAUUUCAGGUCUAUUAUUCCACAUUGAGAGGUUAUUGUUUUUGUGUAUGUAUUUGCAUGUAUGUAUAUUUGUAUGUAUCUCUUACAUUUUAGAGACUCUUGUGACAGUUGUGUGCGAGUGGAAAAUGUUUUUUUGUAGAAUUAUUUAUAUGAAUAUAAGGAAUUUCUGCCACAAUUUGACAACAGGAAAUCAAGCAAUGCUCACUUUGAACUGCUUUUUACCUGUUAUGUCUUUAAGGUUUCUAUUUCUUGGGUGAACUUAUUAAGUAUCCCAAAUCCAAAACAAAGGUCAAGUUAAUAUACAUCAUCAAUAUGUACUUAGUAGUAAAAGCAUUUGUGCUCUCUAAGGUCUUGUCCUUGUUUUUGCAAGGCUCUAAGAAAUAAAUGUUAUAGUUUUUAAAAGCCUGUCAAUCUUUCUUUUAAAUGGUUCCAUAUUUAUAAGAAAACUGUAUUUUGGAGUUGAGCAGUUGAGUGUGUGGGUUGUACCAAUAUUAAACCAAAUCCUCUCCGGGGAUUUUAGAGGUGUUUAGUUGAAGUCGGUGUGGAGUUGCAUCCCACUCUUUUGAAAAAGACAUUAUCAGAGCAAUCUCAAUACAGAAAAAAAUAUAUAUUGAUAUCAAGAUUCAGAAACCACCGAUAAUUGCUUAUCACCACCCUUAGGGACAAAACAGUCUCCUCUAACACGUAAAUGCAGUCCUGUAUAGAGGAGUUUAUCAGAAAUUAAAUCCAGAAUGUUGUAGUUUAAAGGACGGUAUGGGCUGCAUGUAAUCAUCUUGGGUGUGCUGCUCAUGCCAAGGUGGACAAAAUUGGCUCCUUAAAAACAAUUUCUAUUCUGGAAUAACUCACUGUCAUGCAGUGCCAUCCCAUAACAGUAUGUCUGUUAAAAAUGUUUGUUUCAAAUAAUACCCUGUGAAAUUUACUCCAACCCCUUUUUUCCCCUUAUACAAGCUGUCUGCCAUUGGGAGAAAGAAUUUUCCAACACUGCUGUUCAAUUCUUUGACCCACAAAUGCAGUUUACUUAUAAGUGUGCCAUCUUAUAAAAAACAUAAAAUAUUUUUAAGGACCAUGACAUUUAUUUCAGAAAAGUAUUAUUACAAGACAGAAGGAACCAACUAAAAACAAAUGUCCACAAUCUGACCUUCUCCAAAUAAUCAGUAUUAUGUUUUGGUGUGUGCUUAAGCACAAUGGCACAUUUCCAUUCAGGGACAUCGGAAUUUGCUGAUCACCUAUGUGUCUUUGACAGAAAGUGCUUCCUGAACUACAUUCACAUCAUUAAAUUAAAGGUGUUGAACUACAAAGGUCUGCAUAUUAUAUUAAUGAAAAUGAUGUCCCAUAAAAGCUAUUAUUUUUUAAUCUGCUAUGGUAUAACCUUACAAGAAAACGACAAAAACAAAACACUGUUUAUUUGUGUUUGCAACUAAAGCCAUUUUCUAAAACUUCCUAGUAAAAAAUAAAGAUAAAAACAGCUGAGAAUUUUCUGAGUCCAAAACAAGCAUAUUCAGGAUGGUAUGAAAGUAUUCAGCUGAAGGGGUUUUCUCGUUGGGGUUUUCUGGGCCUGUCCUAAAGGGGAGGAGCCACCAGAACUUAGCCAGAACUUUAAUAACUAUGUCGAAUUGAUUGGCCUGAGAUGCCUUUGGAUCCCCAAAAUGAAAUGAAAUGUGUUGGGAAAAUUGUGUCUGAGAAAGUGGAGGGAAAAACACAACUUUUCACUUGUUUUUUGUUUUGUAUUCUGGAGAAUUUGUAAAAAACAUACUGAAGAUGUUAAAUGAUCUUAGAUUUAUUAGGCAAGUUUCAUAAUGUAAAAAGAAAAAAAUCCACUGUCAACUAAAUACUUCGUUUGACUGCUUAGGGGUCUCCAAAUGCAGUCCUCCAAUAUCAAAUGAGUCGCUCAUUUAAGGCUAUUGCUGCAGUUCAUGGCAUCCUUAGAGUUCAACCAUUUGAUUCAGCUCUUUUCUUGUAGGGUUCUUUUUAAUUUUCCAGGGGAGUAGCUGUCGACCACUGGAGUUGAUGACCUCUGGUAAAAAGCUGAAUUUGUACUGUUUUCUUUAAAAUCACACAGAUCAUGCUACUCUAAGUAAUGUAUUUUAACAUGGUUUUUAAUAAUAUCUCUUCCAACUUCACUCCCAGUUGGUGAAACAGUAGCAGUGUUAUUCGGGGAUACAGACUGCACUUUGGCAGUCAAAGCAGAGUGAUCCAGUGUUAAGCAAGUUCUGACCCUACAUUUUAAACCAAGUUGGAGAAAUGUAGCACAUAAGCCAAACAAAAGGGAAGUAAAUGCCUCAGUGCACAAUCCCAAAUGAAUGUACAGGAAUUUGGAGACUAAUGCAGUAUUUGUGUCCGUUUUACUUUUAAGUUUAAUGCAUUUAAUGAUUUCAUUUCAGUAAAUCUGAUUUUCAGCCACAUUAAAAUGUGCUGUUUUUUGUUUCUAUAAUGUUUUCCAGACUUUAUCCCCCAUCCCGGUUUUUCAGCUAUGGGCCUAAAGAAUAUCAUUUUCUUCAUACAGCCAAGCCACAUUGUGUGGAUCUCCCCUUUUAUUCCAACAAGUGUUGCUACCUCUGUUUUAGUUCAUUAUCAUACCAUGUUUUUCAUGCAAAGCUGCUGGUGACAUGCAGAGAUGAUUUCAUGGAUUCUCAAAAGGUGUUGUGUUGAUGGGCAGUGAUUUAAAUACCAAUUCCAGUGACUGAUCAGUGAACUGAGGCCAGCAGAAAUGAUGAGACAAACUGUUCCUGUAUUUAAAGCAAAUAAUAAAUUCCUACUGAUCUUUUUUGACAAACUGGAGUC